AUGGAGAAGAAGCCGGGCGUCGACCUCCACAUGGAGACUUCCGAGGGAGGCCUGAAGGAGCUGGUGCUGCGCUGGUUCACCGAGACGCAGGCGCCGCUCAUCGUCAACAACGGGAACUUCCCGGACUGGUUUCAAGGCUUCGCUGCGAGAAAGGACACGGAAGAUCUACUGAGAGAUAAAGCUCUGGGCUGUUUUCUCAUUCGCCUCAGUGAUAAAGCCAUCGGAUACAUCCUGUCCUACAAGGGCCACGACAGGUGCCGGCAUUUUGUCAUCACCCAGAAUCAAGACGGACAGUUCGUCAUAUCUGGAGACUGUCAGACGUACGGCAGUCUCACAGAGCUGAUCGAGCAUUACAAGGUCAGCCCCAUCCAGCCCUUUGGAGAAUACCUGACCUCCAGCUGUUAUGAGGAAAACUCGGGUGAGGUGUAUGAUGUGGUCAAUUACAAACCCAGAGCGAAGCCUGGGGUGAGUGUUCAAGCUCUGCGGACUCUGUGGGACCAGAAGAAUGUUCAGCACAGCGACGCAGGCAACACUCAAAAGAUUCAGCAGCAGAAGGAUUCUCCAACAGGGCAUCCACCUGCACUACCACCCAAAUCCACCAACAGAAAGCUGACGGGAGCAGUGUCUGUAGACACAGUGUCCCUCUCACAGGGUGUACCUCCAGUGCCAAAAAGAGGCAUUCCUCUGGGUUUCUCCCUGAGUGGAUCUUUACCUGAGACAACCCCACAUCCAAGUGAAGAGGACAGAAGAAAGCCAGACUCGUUUAAUAGCACUGACACAAGCUAUCCGGGUGAUCUUUGUCCACCGGGGAUCACGUACUCUGAGCUCACACAGGUGGAGAGCAGAAGCAAAUCUCUACCAAGACUGAACAACAACGGCAUGGAGGAGGAGGAGGAGUACUCCAACCAGCUCAGCAGUCCCUCCUUCACAGCGUUAACAUCUCACUCACCCACUCCGCUGAAGAGGGUCACCUGUCACACCUACUCCCUCCACGAGCCCAAAGACACUUCGAAGCUGAGCAGCUCCAGGUCAGAACAGCAGGGUGAAGACGUGGAAAUGCUGAAGUCCAACCCGCUGUACCAGACCUCCGAGGGGCCCGGAGGGAGUUCGGCACGGCAGGGAGGCACCAUGUACACGGAGGUCCCCCAGAGGCCAACACCUGCCGGGCUGCCCGAUGACACCUACGAGCAGAUCCCCGGGGAGGCCGCCGCCGUCCAAGGAAACACUUACGAGUCGCUGGAGGAUAUGAAGACCAAGAAGUCCAAAUCCACCUGGGGGAAAAAUAAUAUGAAAUGGAAGAAAUUCCUUCCUGAUUACAAGAAGAAAUAAAUGUGACUUGAAGGACCCAGCAUGUUUGAUAUUUUAACUGAGACAGAAAUGAGUAUUAUAAAUAAAUUACUUUAAUAAUUGCAUUUUAUUAGGUAAGAAAGUCACUCAGAUGUUUAAACGCUGCAAUAAUCUCACUCUAGAUAAAUCAAACAGUAGUUAUCGUUACUUAUUCUGGUCUUUUUCCUUUAAAUUUUCCUUUUUUGUAUCUCUUGAUUUUAUGUAAAUUUUAAUAAAAAAGAUUAUUGAAGAUGAAAGGUAGAAUGUGGACGAUUUUUUUCAUUUAAAACAUAAAAAAAUGAAUGACAUUUUGAAGAAAUAACAGUUUUGAUGUGUUACAGAGUAUCUGUGUAUAUUCUGCAGUUAACAUGCCAACCAGCUAUCUAACAGUGAGUCAGUGUAGCGUGCAGUCUGCUCUCAGAACAACGAGGGGGUUUACCUCCGGGCACCUCGUGGCUGACCCCGCCACAACCUGGCUGUGCCUUCAUCAUGGAUCUAUUAGUUGUAUGCAUCUCAUUGGGACAAACUCCAGGAGGCAUUUCUUCUUAUUUUUUCUGCUUGU